CCUCGUAUCGCGGAUGGUGGAAGAGAUUCGGGCCUCAUUGCUGCUCUUGCUCCGGGGAAGCGACGUCAGCUGGCUCAACGAGCAGUCCAAGGAGAUUGCCAUCAAAAAGAUCAGGCGGCUGAGACUAAUCCAACAGCCUGUCAACAGCACGGCGCUGGAUUGGAAGCCUCCCGAGCUGCACCCAGAAUCGAGCUUUGGGACGAAUGUCGCCAUACUUCUAUCAGCCAAGGCAGAACAAAGCUGGAAGCGCCUCGGAAGAUACAAUUACUUCGAUAGUGUGCCAGUUCCCCAGCUACGGAUGCGCAUCUCGUAUGAUGUCUACCGAAACGCUAUCGUUGUGCCUGCCAUACUGACUGGACUGGGUCUGUCGACGCCCGGUGUCCUGGCCCUUGAUCUCAGUCCGUGAGUUCUUGGCAACGCUUCGUGCGAGUGCAUGCGCUUGGCGUCCCUGGC